AUGCACGAUGCUGCCUCUGGACCGGCGCACCAGAAAAAUCAACUUCGUGAAUUAAGCAGCUUACUUUUCCAGCAACGUUUGGGAGACCGACGUUCGGAGUCGAGAGAAUCAAAUUUCGGAGAUGACCCUAGUGAAGCCAGCGGACGAGGUUCGUACACCACAGGUGCUAUCCUCAGUGAAGGCGCCAAGGACACGUCUUCACAAACGAGCAAAAGGCCGCUAUCUCAGUCAAUUAGUUUCUCCACUAAUGCUGUGCGGCUAAAGCGGCCCAGGACACAUUUGGAAACGCUGAGUCUUGAAAUCCAGGAGGAUUCUAGCGUACCCAGAAGUUUAGCUACUCCGUCUCACGAAGACGGCGUUCCGGAAAGUUUCAAUGGCGCACCGCGUAUGAGGAACUCCAGUGACUUUGGGGAAGUGCCAAUUGCAGAGGAAACGUUCGUUGAAGAACACACACUUGAUGAAACGUUGCCGUUCACCAGCAACCAAGCACCAAGCAUGCAAUUUGAUGCAGGCAUUACGCCCAUCCGCGGCACAGAAUCCAUUAAGAGCCGUAUCAAUGACCAGCAUAAUAGCCCGCAUACUUCGAAGAGCAUAUCUUCUAGAGAGAGGCCACUUAGCUGCAAAGACAUUUCAAGUAUUUUAAGGCUAUUUCUCCUUCCCACAUCAUCCAGUUUAGCUCGUGAUGCCAGACUUGAACUCCACGAUUUUUUAUCAGAUGAAUCGUAUCCCUCUCUGUCACAGUUACCAGAAGGUGGUGGCAAGGCAAAUGUUGAUGAGGUGUCGACUUUUCUUCAAUAUUAUAAUCUUCUUCCAGAAAGCUGCACCCCCUUACAAUUUUUUGAGUUUAGCAGCGAAUAUCUUUGCGCUGAAGAUCUCACGUUUCUAGAAAAUAUACUUUUUACAUGA